AUGUCCGCCUUCACAAUCAAAGCCGCUCCCAACACCGACAUCUGGCGCAAGCCGCCCACGACCGACGUCUUCAACGCCCCGACCGCCAUCCCCGCAGGCCACUCCCCCCCCCGCACGACAGGCCCCCUCUCGUCCUUCCGCUCCGCCCGCGCGACCUUCUCCUUCUCCCCCUCGCAGCAGUACGACCAAGCAGGCCUGCUGCUCUCCCUACGGCGGCGCGGCGGCGGCGGCGCUUCCACAUCCACAUCCGCCGCCAGCAGUGGUAGCAAGCCCGAGAAGUGGAUCAAGACGGGCGUGGAGUACUACUACGCCAAGCCGCUCGUCAGCACCGUCGCCUGCGACGGCUGGGCCGACUGGUCCGUCGCGCCGCUCAGCGGGACGCCCGGGGCCACGACGGCCGAGGGCGUCACGAUCGAGGUCGUGGCCGAGGGCGACGACAAGGGCCGCAGCUUCUGGGUCUACCAGGUCCUCCUCGGGUCCGGCGAGGGGGACGCCCAGAAGGUGCCCCUGCGCGAGAUCUGUUGGGUGGCCGCCAAGCAGGAGGAGUGGGAUCUGAGCGUCGAGGCCAUGGCCGCGCGGCCCGAGGCCAAGGCCACCACGGACGAGCUGAGCGUCGAGUUCCGCGAGUUUGACGUCCAGUGGGCGUAG